AUGAACCUCGGGAUGUACCAGUACGGCGAGGCUUACUACGAGGAACAGCCGUACUAUGAAGAAGAAUACUCGCCCAGGUACCAGUAUCAUGCAGACCAGUACCAGGAAUACCAGGAUCAGAAGCAAGAGUACUUCCAAGACGUGAACGUGAUAAAUGGCCUCUCGUACACCAACUUGGACUACCAGUACCGCUGCCCGGAGAGGCCGCAGGAGUACGAGCCCUGCCUGGAGUACGGGCAGCAGGAGCUGCAGUUCCAGCCGGUCAAGGAGGAGCACAUCUUCCAGGAGCAGCACCGCCUCCAGCCGCCGCAGCCCGCCCCCUCCAUACCCACCUACAAGUGGAUGCAGGUCAAGAGGAACGUCCCCAAGCCUGCCGUCACGCAAGGGCGCUUGGGAGCAGGACUGCUCGAUGUGACCGACCGAUUCCAGCAGCGAAACGCGUCUUGGGAGACGGUGUGGUCAGCACUGUACUCCAAUCACCUGGUUCAUCCUCAUGACUUAAUGGUUGAGAGGACCCAGAAUAAGACGAUCGUACCAAGGUUCCCCCCAAAAAAAAAAAAAGAAAUCGGUAUAGGACUUCAGUGGGAGUAUUAG